ACAUUUUUUCAUGUGUGAAAAUACCUGUCUAACCUACAAAGCACAAAUUUUGAAAUAACACAGCUUAACUUUACAGUUUCAAGAUAUGUAAUUUCAACAUUUGUAUUUUCAAGAUAUGUAAUUUCAACAUUUGUAGUUUCAACAUUUGCAGUUUCAACAGUUGUAUUAACGACACUUGCAUUAUCAAGCCUUGCAUUAACAAGCCAUGCGUUAGCGAACUAUGACCAUAUUUGGGUUGAUGACGUUGAUCAUUAAUCCGGAAAACGCCGAGUUUGGUCCUACAAUGAUGUCUCCCGUCUCAAUAAAAAUAUCUCUUCUUGGGUGGAGUUUUUCAAGGGGAACUACUCCCAUUAUUUCCGUUCUUCAAACAGCAAAUGAAACUAGUUUAUAGGCAAAUUCAAUAAAAAUGUCAGAUAAUGAUCUGAAGAAAACUGCUGAGCUUCUUAGGCAGGCAGCCAGAGAACUGGAAGAAAAAUCUCGAACUACACAGACUCCUACUACUAUAUUACCUGGACCGUCAACACCAAAUGUCAGCGAAAUGCGCCGUUUGUUUUGUCCCUAUUCUAGUAUUUCGAGGACAAGUAAUAAAAGAGUUGCUGGUACUGGUAGACAGAACACAUGGACUCAUCGUUUUUUUUGUGUGUCAAGUUGCACACAGAACACUGUCCCUGAUCGGUUCGCAAGAAAAGUCACACAGGAUGCUGGACUGGGAGAAAAAAGAAUAACUCUUUUUAAGAAUGAUGAUGCGAAGUAUUUUUCAAAUGAAAUAUAUUCACAUUAUCCAAAAUUGAUAGAUGGAGGAGGGUAUGAUCUAAAUCGUGCCAUAGGAAGAACCAUAAUGGAGUUUAUUGACCCCCCUCCAUCAGGGUACACAAGUGCUUUUCUGGCACAGUCAUACAUUGGACAAGCCAUCAUAUAUAUCAAACCCUUACAGAGAGAUCUGGAUAUUACUAUUAGUGGGACUCCAAAAGGCAUGCAGUCAGAUAUGAUAACACAGGAGUGCAUGGAUUGCGGUGAAAAAGUGCCUUUAAAUAAUUUGAGAAAACAUAUACAAGAAUUUCAUGAGCUUCAGGAAGAUAAUUUACCUAAAAUAAAGAGACAGAAGUCAGAGCAGUUGUCCUCUGUUACUCCUAUUUGUAAAUAUGCUUGUGUAAGUGAGCCUGAAAUCUUGCCCAAUUUGCGGUCUAGAAUUUGAUGAGGAUUUAGUUGAAAUACAUGCUGCAUCUUGCGGCGAAGAUGACAAGAAAACAGACGAAGGAAGGACACAGACUGGUAAUUUAAAAUAUGAUUUGCAUCAACUGUCCGAGAAAAUUUUUGGUCAAAAUGUAAAGGAGAGAUUCCAUGUCUCAGUAGUUAGAAAAAUGUUUUUGCAAACAGCCAUGGAAAAUCUGGAAGAUUUUGAAUUUGAUCAACUGUUAAAUGUAAUAUUCAUAGGGGAAGAUGGGGUGGAUGCAGGCGGCUUAACAAGAGAGUUUUUCUCUCUUAUCUUUAAACAUACUCCCAUUUUUGAAAAUAGUGGUUUUGCCAUCAAUUCAACACUACUACAGAAUAAAACAUACAAGACUAUAGGCAAAGUUGUUGCCUUUUCUAUCUUAAUGGGAAAUCAAGGACCAAGAUGCCUUCUACCACAGUUUACUAAAUUCAUCCUUCAGAAUGCACAACCUGCAGUUGGUGAAAUUUCAGAUGAAAUGUUAACUGGAGAUGUUCUCCAAGCUCUUAAAGAGAUUGAUUCUUUAGAAGCUCUAAAUGUAUCAGAGGUUUUUGAGAAAAAUGCUGAUAUAUUGGAAUCUGCAGGAUAUAAAAAGAUGUUGACAUUAGAAAACAAAAAAGAAGCCAUGUUAGCGAUUCGAUGCCAUUAUGGAUUUUAUCGUUUUUUGCCACCAUUACUGCAGUUCAUAGAAGGUCUCAAACUUCAUGGUGUUUAUAAAUUAUUAAUGCAGUAUUCAGCAGAAGCCACCGAAUACUUUAGCCGGACAGAUGUUAAGGCUUUGGAUGUAAUUAAUUUGUUUCAUCCUAGUUUCUCAAUUAAACCAGAAGACAAGGAGUUAGAAGAGAUAAUUGUGUACAAUUUUCAUCAGUUUUUGAAGAAACUUGAACGUGGAAAAAUCAGUACCCAGUGGUUGGAUAUGGAAACAGAUCUCGAAGAUGAUGUUCAACUGAAUACUGGACAUUUUCUUCUGGCAACAACUGGUAGCCCUGCCAUAUCUCCAAAUAUAGGAGAUGGGCUACUACUAUUUGACCAUGCAAAUUUAAACUGCACUACAGUAAAUACAUGUGCGCCAUCUAUUACUAUUAACCAAACGAAAUAUAUGAAAGAAUACGAUUUCCUAGAAAAUGCUUUUAUUAACAUAAUUGUAUGUGGUUUUGGUUUGAAUUGAAAAUGUAUGUAGCAUGAACUGGGCCUCUGUUGGUGAAAUACCCAAUAAAAACCUAUUAAUUGAAAAAAAGCAGUGUUGAUUUCCUAAUUCAUUUCAUGAUAAUUAGAAAUGAAAUUUACGGUUGCAAGAAACAAGUCCAUUCCCUGAUUUUCUGAAUCGAAUAAAGGAUUUAUUUGGCACAUCAAUUCUUCGAUCUUUUGAUCAGUUAAAGAUAUAGGAAAAUGACCAAUAACAACUCUUUCUGGUUCAUCAUCAUAUGCCAUCAAACCAUUUUGUAUUGUUCCGUAACUUUGAAAGUCUGCCUAUAAAAAAAUAUUUAAAAUCUAAUGAACGUCUGUUUGGGAUUGAAUUUAUAGGUUUAUUUAAGAUAUAAGUUUAUUUCAUAUUGUAAACAAGAAUUUUAACGAAACUUGCUGUAGUUGUUUAUACCAGCAUAAGGAAGAAGCCUAUCGAAAUUCAAUGUUUUCCAGAGUUAUUGACCUUGAUUCACGAAACCUUGUAAACGUGAUAGAGACCAGAGUUGCUGUAAUUGUUUAUAAAAAUGGCGAAAAUUAGGUCAAGUCACAAAAUCAUCUGAUUCUGACGAAGCAAGCAAUUAAUUAUAUAUUAUUGAGGUCACUGAUUAUGAAUAUGCUAGUUUAAAAGUUGUAUCUUAUCUUUGAAAAGGUUGAAAGUUUCAUUUUACUAGUUAUUGUGCAUGCCCAUAAAAACUUCUUCUUUACACGAUAGAGAUCACAGUUCUCAACGAAAAGUUUUGAAACUUUCUGGGAUAUAAUAACAGUUGUUGGGGUGUAUAAGGUUGGAGACUUCUAUCUUAUCAUUAACAGAUUAAAUCAUUUGUUUGCUAUGGAAAUUAAAAUAUCCCAAAAUCUCACCCUCCAAUUUUUGAAUAUUUUUAGGCAUAAUCUUAACCACUGUCAAAAAAUGAAAGAUUAUAUUAAUCUGGAUUUCUUGAAUAAACAUAUCAAUGAAAAUA